UCUAAAAUAUUAUUCCUCGACAUGUGAGAGUGAGAGAGACUACUCCCAACACUUUCUUUUUUGUACUUGAGUCUAAUUCAAAGCCAAAGUUAGAUUCAUUUCCAUAUUAAUCCACUCAAAAUGAGCUCAGCAAUUCACCAUUAAUGGUGUUUCAUAUGAUCUAUGCAAAUUGAAGCUGUAAACAAUGGUAUUUGUGACGAAUUCUUCAAUUCAAGCAUCCGAUAACAACAGAUCCGCCAUUUUCAACGCAUGUUACCACAAUUCGUUGCACGAAUUCGAUGAUUCUUAUAAUUGUUCAGAUAGUUUCACUUAUUCUACUGAUGUCAAUAACUUUAGGAGUAAAUUGAGGCGGUUGGAGACUCUAAUGCUCGGAGAUUCCGAUUCCGAUUCUGGUGAUGUUACCGGAGAUCGGAAACUGUUCGCCGGCGGUGAUGUAGACUUGCCGGAGAUGAUGCUAGGUUUUCCAAAACGAGACUUGAAGCAAGUCCUCAUCGCGUGUGCGAAAUCGGUUUCAGAUAACGAUGAAUUAAACGCACGGUUGUUGAUAUCGGAGCUCCGGCGGAUGGUGUCGGUCGCCGGAGAACCGAUUCAACGUAUCGGGGCGUAUAUGUUGGAAGGACUUAUAGCUCGGCUAUCGUCUUCGGGUAGCACGAUCUAUAAGUCCGACCUCGCGCUAAACACGCGUGUUUUAUACGAGAUUUGCCCGUGUUCUAAAUACGGUUACAUGUCGGCUAACGGUGCGAUAGCCGAAGCGAUGAAGUGUGAAAAGCGAGUACACAUCAUCGAUUUCUGUAUUGAGGAUGGGAGUCAGUGGGUCCCGUUGAUCCAGGCUUUUGCUAGGAGACCUGGUGGUCCCCCGCAUAUCCGGAUAUCGGGACUCCAUCAUUACCCAAACGGGUUGGGUAAAGUGGGUAUAAGGCUUUGUAAGCUUGCAAAAGCUUGCAAUGUACCUUUUGAGUUUAACACGGAAGUCGGUCUCGAAAGUUUUCGAGACCGGCCUGGCGAGGCUUUAGCUGUUAACUUUGCGUUUGUGUUACACCGAGUGCCUGAUGAGAGUGUAAGCACUCAGAACCAUAGAGACCGAGUGUUGAGACUAGUAAAGAGUAUGAAACCGAAAAUUGUAACCCUAGUCGAGCAAGAAUCUAACACGAACACGGCUCCGUUUUACCCUCGGUUUCUCGAGGCUCUUGAUUAUUACAAUGCAAUGUUCGAGUCAAUCGACAUUACACUUCCACGGCACCACAAGGAGAGAAUAAACGUAGAGCAACAUUGUUUGGCCCGAGAUGUUGUGAACAUAAUAGCGUGUGAGGGAAGCGAACGGGUUGAAAGACACGAGCUUUUGGGAAAGUGGAAGUUGCGGUUCAGUAUGGCGGGGUUUAGCCCGUGCCGGAUGAGCUCGUUGGUGAACGGAACCAUCAAACGAUUACUAAAUAAAUGCAAUGAAAGAUAUAGGGUUGAAGAAAGAGAUGGAGCUUUGUAUCUUGGCUGGAUGAAUAGAGAUUUAGUGUCUUGUUGUGCUUGGAAAUGAUAAAAGUAACAUAAUGUAACAUAGUUGUUCAAAAAAAAAAAAAAAAAAAAAA